GGAUUUUUUCCCUCUUAUUCCAUGAAACGUGCUAAACAAGAAAGAGAACUAACCGAUGAAGAACGUAAUGUUGUAAUAUCUGUACGUCAUUGUGCACGUGAAUUAGAUGAUAUCUUACAAGGUGCACGUAGAAAAGCUCAAUCAAAUGCUAAACUAUUUGCAGAAACAGGAAUUAGUGUUCUGUUUCGAGGUGUUGAUUCUUAUGCAGAUAUGUAUGAAAAAUUAGCUAUAAAAUCAAGAGAUGGAUUAGAGAGAUUAUUUUCUAAAUUUUCCGAUUGUGAAGAAAUUCAAGAUACUCAAGAUGCAAUUGAAGAAACUGAAGGAAAUUGGCGAAAUUUUCUUGUUAAUCUUGAUAAAGAAGUUAUGCGUGAAGAACAUGAAAUGAAAUCUAUAUCUAAACUGGAAAAUCAUGUGGAUGUAAAAUGUGACUACCUAUUCUUGCCAUCAUUGCCACUUAUUGAUUGGCAAACUAAUCGUGAGGUUAACUUGCAAGAUUAUGUUCAGAAAUAUAUAUGUCUUGUAGUUAUCUGUCAACCUGCCUACUGGCCAGAUACUGUUGUUCGUUGGCGUUAUUCAGAAGUAUCAAAAGCUCAGUGUGAUCUAUCACAAUUCAGAGUUGGAUAUGCAGUUGUUACAUGGGGCCCGGCAGACGAAGUACGUAAUUGGUGUAAACAGGUUAAUCGAACUACAAAAUGGCCAGUUUUAUGGGAUAAAUCAGGCGAUUUUCGAGCUAAAGUUGGAUUUAAAUCAGGUUUACAACGUGUAUGGGCUGCUGAAAAUCUAGAUUUCCUUGGUUGUCAACGUUCAAUGCAUCAUCGUCCGAUAAAUCCACCGCCAACUGAUAUCAGUUGGUUAGAAUGGAAACAAAUUGGUGGCGAAUUAGUUCUAGCUCAACCUGUUUUAUGGAAUCCUCAAAAAGUGAUGAAAUCUAAUAGACAUCUAACGACAAUUCAAACAGGUGUAAAACAUAAGCACAACGCCAAUGAAAAUAAUGUUGAUGAUGAUGAUGAAGAUGAUGUUAACAGAUCCAAUGAAGAGAACAUGCACUCAGAAUCACUUAAAACAUCAAUUCAAGAGGCUAUUCGUGAUAAAGAAGCAAUGAGUUCAAAACAGACUAAAGUUUGUGUAUCACACUUGAGUACUCGUAUUUCUGAUCUCAUGCCUUCCGGUUCUAUAUAUCAAGCUGCUUUAACUUGCUAUGCUCGUGCACAUAAUACUACAGAAAGUGAUGUGAUGGAUAAAAUUAGAAGAGAUCGUAGAUUUUCUACACCACCUGAAUCAGCUCGAUUACAGUACGAAGCAACGACUGGUUUAUAUUAUGAUCCAGAAACUGCUUUGUAUUAUGAUCCAUUAAGAGGUUAUUUCUAUGAUUCAACAAAUCAAAUGUACUAUUAUUGGUCUCAAUCUGAAGGACGAUAUAUCUUAGCCAAUGCAUUAAUUCAAGCUGAACUUGCUGCUGCUCAUAUAGCUCAAACAGUAGCAGCUCAAGCUGCUGCAGACAAAGCUAUAGCUGAACGUGAAGCUGCUAAAAAAGCUGCCAUGUGUGUAGCUGCACAAUUAGCUGAGAUACGUGCAGGUAAAGAUGAUUAUGCUGCUUAUGCAUAUGCAACAUGUGUACUACCUCAACAAGAACCAACUGAUCCAGAUUAUAAAGAAGUUUGCAUAGAUAAUGAUCGAUUUCAUCUUGCUUAUCAAAAUACAACAGCUGCUGCAAAUAAUAUAGAAGCUUCAUUAAAAGCAUGGAAUAAUACAUGUAUUACUACUAAUAGUAGUAGUAGUACUGAACUUUUAUCAUCGAAACCUCUUGUUCCUUAUACAGAUGAUAAUACAGAAACGGAUCAUUGUAGUUCAACACCACCACCGCCAGGAUUGUAAACAGAAAAAAAAAACAUGACAAACUAUUUUAUUAUUGAUUGUGUCACAUUAUUUUAUUUAUUGCAUAAGUAGCAGCAGCAGCUGAUGCUGUCGCAGUAUUUUACGUAUUCUAAAUUGUACAUUUGUAAUGAUUCAUUUGAUGACUGACUGUACAGUAAUUUCCCGAGAUUGAAAUAUAUAUCUCUCAAUAGUAUAUAUACUAUUUUGUUUUUUAAGUAAAAUCUGAAUUAUUCUUAUAUAAAAAAGGAAGCUAGUG